UGUGCUGUGCCAUACAUUUUUGCGCCAUCAUGCAGUGUCACACUGUGCCACACCACACCACGCCAUGCCAUUUUGCACCGUGCCGUGCCAAACUGUGCCAAACUGUGCCACGCUCCUCCCCGCCACGCUGUGCCGAGUUGUGCCGCGCCGUGCAGGCCCUGCGGGGGCUGUGUUGCUCACCUGCUCCUCCCCUGCUCUCAAGUCAAAACACGUCCCUGCAUCCCGGGCGCAGCAGAGCGGCAGCGAGCACCGUGCUGACGGCCCCGCCGUGCUGGCACCCAGGACCUACGAGAAGGCAAAGCAAACACGGCCUCACCUUGCUCCCUGCAGGUACCCAGCAUGGAGGGCAGGGAGGAGGCGGGCGACUCCGGCAGUGCGAUCAUGCUGCAUUUGGGAGCUGACGGGGACGCUGCCCCAAGAGUUCCCCCUGAAGGCCGGUGAGAAGCCCCCCAAGGUGCGGCGCAGGAUCGGGGCCGCCUUCAAGCUGGAUGAGAGCCUGGUGCUGCGCGGGGCGGACCCACUGGGCGCCCUGGAACGGGACCUGGCGCUGCAGAUGCAGAUUGCCAGAGCUGCACAUCGCCUGUGCCGGGAGGAGAACAUCAGCAAACAGCUGCGCCGCAGGAGGAAGACGGCAGCAUUGAAGGAGGAGCAGAAGCUGAAGGCGCUGGAGGACACCCUGCUGGCCGAGCGCCGGGCCCUGUCUGCUGGUGGCACCGGGGGGGCUCAGGAGCUCAGCGCGUCGGAUGAGAGCUCGCUGUCGGACGCUGCGUUGCUGGAGGAGGAGGAGGAGCAGCCGAUGGGAGCCGGCACCCCGCAGCGCCUUCCGUCGCCGUGCCCGUGGCCCCGCUUGGCCCCUGAGGAGCAGAGUGAGGAUCCGGGGUGCCCCUCUGCACCCCCCGGCCCCUGGAGGGAGACCAGCCUCGAUGGACCCUACGGGAAGGCCAAGAGCAUCAGUGCUGAGCCUGGGGAUGGGGAAACCCGCGCAUCCCGGUGCUGCCCCACGUCCCCACCCGCUGUCACCUCUGUCCCCAUCAGCCCUGACUGCAGGGCUGGGGACGUGGCCCCGUAUCGCUUCAUCCCCGUCCGGAGCGUGGUGCUGUGCAGGCAGAUGGGAUCCAGUGCUCCCAGCACCCCAGAGCCAGCGAUCCGACGUGGACAGUGCCAGUCCCUGAGGGUGGACUCACGUUGGGAGCCGGCUGAGGCGCGGGGCCGCAGCACAGCUCCCCGCCGCCGCCCCACGUACUACACAGUGACAGUGCCCACCUCCUGCCCCCCGGCCCCCAGCCCCACACCGCGCUCCGGCUCCGACGACAGCAUCUCCGACGUCUCCAGCGUCUCCCACGCCACCUCCCCGGGCAGCAGCAGCCCCGACGUCUCCUUCCCACGUCCCCCAGCCCCACCGCCCUGCACCGAACCCGCUUUUUACCCCCGCGGGGCCCCCCGGCUCCUGCCACCCCCCGGCCCCCCGCUGUUCCUCUAUGAGCAGGACCUGGCCCCGCUGCGCUACCAACGCCUGGUGCCCUCGCACAGCCGCAUCGUGCGCACCCCCUCGCUUAAGGACUACGUGCCAGGGGGGUCCCGUGGGCUCUCCAAAGCGGCGGUGACGGAGGAGCUCAAAUCGUGGCACCAACGUGCCCGGCUGCGGGGAGCCCGGCCUCAUUCCCUCGACAGACAGGGGGCCUUCCGGGGACACCGCUGUGGGAACCCCCAGGAUGGACCCCCCCUCCGUGGGGCACCGCUGAGGGCUCAGGCAGCCCCGAUCCGCAUCCUGCGGCGCUCCCCGCCCGGGGUGCCUGUGCAGGUCUACGUGCCUGAGAACGGCGAGAUCAUCACACAGGUGUGAAGCUGCUCCCAGCCCCACGGGGCACGGCCUGGCUGGCCCAGGGCAACGGGGAAGUGGGGACACAGCUGUCAUGCACCUCUGUGGGCUUGG